AUGGAUGAUACAAGAUAUCCGGCGUAUGAAGAAAAUAAAACAGGUGAACUUAUAAUCCCUGAAUGCGAGGCUAAGAGCAAACCGUUUGUGGGGCAGAUUUUUCCAAAUUUGGAUGUAGGAUGUAAGUUUUACGACGACUAUGCAGAGUUAUGCGGUUUUACAUCCAGAAAAAGCACAAGCACAAAGGAUGAUGAUGGUACAAUUAUUUUAUACUAUGUGUUAUGCAAUAGAGAAGGUAUUCCUCCUAAGCCUGACGAGUCAUUGAUGCCCAAAAGUAAACGCUCAACCAAGAAGCGUAAGAGGACGUCAUGCAAGGUGAAUUGCAGGGCUCAGAUUAUUUUCCAAAUUUCAGAUUUUGGUAUGUAUAAUGUGCGCACGUUCAUUGAGGGUCAUAAUCACACCAUGGUUCCUACUGUAUCUAGACACCUUAUGCCCGUGAACAAGAACGUUACCCCUGCCCAUGAGAUGUGGAUUACGUCCGUGAUUAAAGCAAACAUUGGGCCUAUUAGAUCUUUCCGUAUGUACAGAGAGAUUAUGGGCGAGUAUGAGGAUAUUGGUUGUGUCAGUAAUGAUUUCAAGAAUUUUGUACGUGAUCUUAAUGUUUACGCACUUGAUUCAGAUGCUCACAUGAUUUUGCAAACAUUCUUGAAUAAAAAAGAGUUAGGCAAUGGCUUCCAAUAUUUCUAUGAUGUAGACGAUGAGAAUAGGCUUCGUCGAUUGAUUUGGACCGACGAAGUCUCUGUUAAGAACUACAAAUUAUUUGGUGAAGCCGUGUCCUUCGACGCAACAUACAAUACCAACAGGGAUAACCAUGGCAAGUGUUUGUCUUUUGGUGCAGCCACCAUAUCUCAAGAAGAUGUUGAUUCGUAUUCUUGGGUUUUGGAGAAGUUUGUUGAAUGCGUGGGAAAUGCCCCACCACUAUUAAUAACUGAUCAAGAUCCAGGGUUGAAAAAGGCUGUUGCGGCAGUUUGGCCUCAAACACGUCACAGAUACUGCAUGUGGCAUAUUACAAUGAAGGAGAAUUGGCAAAAUCUUAUGGAUGAGUACGACCUGUCGGAUAAUAGAUGGUUUUCUGAUAUGUUCGAUGAUCGUUCACACUGGAUCCCUGCAUACUUUAGAGAUGUCAGUAUGAGUGGAUUAUUCAGAACUACAUCGUUGUCAGAGAGCGAGAAUAGCUACUUCAAACGUGCAUUGGAGGCUCAACGACAUAAUUAUCAUAAGACUACCUUUGCUGACGAGACUGGCGUUCUACCCAUGAAGACGAGACUUAAAAUAGAGAAGCAUGCUGCAACCAUAUACACCAACAACAUAUUCAAGGAGAUACAAGACGAGAUAGAUGAUUCGCAAACCCAUUGCAAUAUGUAUAAGAUGGAGGAGCAAGUUGAUGAGAGCAUAUAUACUGUGCAUGACAAUGUUGAUGGGAAAUUCGUGGUGCGACAUAGACUGUCGGACACUUAUACAUCUUGCAGCUGCAAUCUUUGUAUUGGGUAUGUUGGUGACAAUCAAGUGCUACGUGAAGAACUCCUUGCAGCGUUGAUUGAAGUUGAAAAAAGAUUUGCGAAGGAGAGGGCAGUACAGAGUCUAAGCUAG